GGCCCCGUGCCCGCCGCCAUGUCCGAGCUGAAGGACUGCCCGCUGCAGUUCCACGACUUCAAGUCUGUGGACCAUGGGAAGGUUUGCCCGCGGUACACGGCCGUGCUGGCCCGCUCCGAGGACGACGGCAUCGGCAUCGAGGAGCUGGACACGCUGCAGCUGGAGCUGGAGACGCUGCUCUCCUCCGCCAGCCGCCGCCUCCGGGUGCUGGAGGCCGAGACUCAGAUCCUGACGGAUUGGCAGGAUAAGAAGGGCGACCGGCGGUUCCUGAAGCUGAGCAAGGAGCACGAUGUGGGCACCUCUGUCAAGCACGGGAAGCCCAAAAAGCAGAAGCUGGAGGGCAAAGGGGGGCACGGGACCGGGCCUGGCCCCGGCAGGCCCAAAUCAAAGAACCUGCAGCCCAAGAUCCAGGAAUACGAAUUCCAGGAUGAUCCCAUUGACGUGCCCCGCAUUCCCAAAAAUGAUGCUCCAAACAGGUUUUGGGCAUCGGUGGAGCCGUACUGCGCAGACCUCACCAAUGAGGAGGUCAGAGUCCUGGAGGAGCUGCUCAAGCCGCCAGAGGAUGAGGCUGAGCAUUACAAGAUCCCGCCCUUGGGGAAGCAUUAUUCCCAGCGCUGGGCCCAGGAGGACCUGCUGGAGGAGCAGAAGGAUGGAGCCCGGGCCGCAGCUGCUGCUGACAAGAAGAAAGGUGUCCUGGGACCCCUGACCGAGCUGGACACCAAAGAUGUUGAUGCUCUCCUGAAGAAGUCAGAAGCCCAGCAUGAGCAGCCAGAGGACGGGUGUCCCUUUGGGCCCCUGACUCAGCGUCUCCUGCAGGCCCUUGUGGAGGAGAACAUCAUCUCCCCAGUCGAGGACUCCCCCAUCCCCGAGAUCGCCGGCAAGGACUCGGGAGCUGAUGGUGCUGGAACGUCUCCCCGCAGCCAGAACAAGCCCUUCAGUGUCCCACACACGAAGUCCCUGGAGGGACGCAUCAAGGAGGAGCUGGUGGCCCAGGGCCUGCUGGAGUCGGAGGACCGGCCGGCAGAGGACUCGGAGGACGAGGUCCUGGCGGAGCUGCGCAAGAGGCAGGCAGAGCUCAAGGCGCUCAGCGCCCACAACCGCGCCAAGAAGCACGAGCUGCUGCGGCUGGCCAAGGAGGAGCUGCACCGGCAGGAGCUGCGGCAGCGUGUUCGCAUGGCUGACAACGAGGUGAUGGAUGCCUUCCGCAAGAUCAUGGCAGCCCGGCAGAAGAAGCGAACGCCCACCAAGAAGGAGAAGGACCAAGCUUGGAAGACUCUGAAGGAGAGAGAGAGCAUCCUCAAGCUGCUGGAUGGGUAAUGGGGGCUGAGGAUACCCCCAGGCCACGGACUUCAGCAGCCAGGGGUGGUGGCUGUGUCCCUGCCACCUGCAAGGUGCCAGCACGCCUGUGCUCACCGUGCAGUGUGGGACAGAGGGGUGCAGGUGCCUGCAUGCCCCAGGCCUGCUUGGCCACCUGACAUGGGGCUGUCACCCACCCAGGAGACAUGAGGGUCCCCCCCUCACCGGUAGCUUCCACUCCUGUGUCCCUCUUAUUCGGGGUGGGUGACACCAGCCAGGCCACCGCAAGGGAUGGACAUUGAUGGUGGCUGUGGUGCAGUCCCCACAGUCCCUUAUCCCUCCCCAUGGCCCUGGGGGGCUUAUCCCAACCACCCAGUUGGGGUGUGGGGUGGGAAGGGACACACUGGGGUGAUAUCCGGGCUCCCCAUGUACUGUUGUUUUCUACCACCGUGUAGAAAUAAAGGCAGCUCUGGUGUAA